GAGGUUUAUCAGCCAUGUCAGAAACUCCACAAUCCCCAGUGGGUGCUUACCUUGGUCACUAUCUCAUGGAGCUCUCUAUUGGAACACCACCAUUCAAAAUCUAUGGCAUUGCAGACACGGGCAGUGAUCUCAUAUGGACCCAAUGUGUGCCAUGCAACAACUGCUACAAGCAACUUAACCCCAUGUUUGAUCCUAUGAAAUCAUCCUCCUACAGCAACAUAUCAUGCCACUCAAACUUGUGUCAUAAACUCGACACAGGCGUGUGUUCCCCUCAGAAGCAAUGCAACUACACCUAUGCCUACGCAUCUGCCUCCAUAACACAAGGAGUUUUGGCACAGGAAACAGUCACACUGACCUCAACCACAGGGACAAGCGUUCUCCUUAAAGAUGUCGUGUUUGGUUGUGGACACGACAACAAAGGUAGUUUCAACGACCAUGAGAUGGGUAUCAUAGGCCUGGGAGGAGGGCCAGUGUCGUUCAUUUCUCAAAUGGGUCGUUCCUUUGGAGGCAAAAGGUUUUCACAGUGCUUGGUCCCUUUCCACACUGAUGUGAAUGUUCAUAGCAGAAUGAGUUUCGGCAAAGGGAGUAAGGUAUCAGGAGAAGGAGUUUCAACACCUUUGGUUGCAAAGGAUGAUAAAACACCGUAUUUUGUGACCUUACUAGGUAUCAGUGUGGGAGAAACGUAUUUGCACUAUAAUGGUUCUUCAGGAAAUGUCGAAAAAGGUAACAUGUUUCUUGAUUCAGGAACACCUCCAACUAUCUUACCAACACAGUUGUAUGAUCGAGUGGUGGCUGAAGUGAAGAACCAGGUUGCGAUGGAACCUACCGUGGAUGAUCCUGAUUUGGGUUCGCAACUUUGCUAUCGAACAAAGAAUAAUCUUCGUGGUCCUAUGCUAACUGUUCAUUUUGAAGGUGCAAAUGUAACAUUGGAACCAAUUCAAACCUUAAUUUCACCAAAAGAUGAUGUUUUCUGCUUGGGGUUCACCAACACCAGUAGUGAUGUGGGGAUUUAUGGUAACUUUGCUCAGUCAAAUUACUUGAUUGGGUUUGAUCUAGAAGCACAAGUGGUCUCUUUCAAGCCAACAGAUUGUACCAAAAACACUUGAAUAAUAUUUUACUUAAAGUUAAGUUUUUCAAAAGUUUU